AUGGCUCUUCUGCAGCCAAGGAAGAUGCAGAUGGUGAGAGAACAAAUGACAAAAAGGAAGAGGUUCCAGGUGAAGAAAAUCCCUGAGACAUUUUCGUCGACGUCUAUUUAUUUGAGAUCAUUCAUUUUACCACUUGUUGAGGAAACGCAUGCAGAUUUGCUAUCAUGCGUAAGGACAGUGUCAAAGGCACCGAUACGUCAAAUAGCCAGUGUCAGAAAAACUAAGAAUCAUCAGUUUCCCAGUGAUCUUUUCUACCAAAUUACUGUUUUGAAAAAGCAAGGAGGGCGUGCAUAUGUGCCUGCAGUUGGAGACCUCAUCGCUGUAACUAAUCUACGACCAAAAUGCACCGAUGAUUUGAACAGUCCUUGUGUUUUUGCCUUCGUUCACCGUGCUUCUAAUAACUCUGUCACCGUCUUAUCAUCUAAACUUAUAGCGGCUCAAGGUGUGCAUGACCAAAACAAAGAUAUUCUAUUCGCGGUUUAUCUUACAAACCUGACCACAAAUAUAAGAAUCUGGAGAUCACUCAACAGUGAGCUGGAAGCAAGGAACCUGAAUAUGAUAGAUGAAGUUCUUCAACUCCGUUCUUCUGAAUGUGGUACCUGUGCUGAGUGGCUUGACAAUGGUUUAAACUCUGAAAUAAGAGGCAAAAUAUGCAACUCUGAUUUGAAUGACUCACAAAGAGAUGCAGUUCUAAGUUGCAUUAGCCUAAGGGAAGAAUGGCGUCAUCAAAACUCUGUGAAGCUAAUAUGGGGACCGCCAGGCACUGGAAAGACCAAAACCGUUGGUUUGAUGCUAUUCUGUCUUUUGAAAUUGAAGUGCAGAACUCUGACAUGUGCUCCGACUAAUGUUGCUGUGCUCGAGGUUGCAAAGCGUGUUUUAGUUCAAGUGAGGAAAAAUGAGUCUCAUGAAUAUGGUGGUUACGGCCUCGGAGAUAUUGUGUUAUUCGGGAAUGGAAAGCGAAUGAACAUUGAUGACCAUAUUGAACUUCAUGAUGUCUUUCUUGACUAUCGUGUUAAUGCACUCAGAAAAUUUUUGGGAGUGUGGAAGCAUAGCUUAGCUUCAAUCAUAUCUUUGCUUGAGAACCCACAAAGACUGUUUCUAGAGUACGUGAAUAAAACAGAGGAAGAUGUGAUUGUGAAUGACCAUUCUCAAAGCAAGAAAAAUGAACAGGACACUGCAGAACCUUGGACAUUUGAGGAGUUUAUAAAUAAGAGACUUGAUAGUUUGCGAGAACUGCUAACCUUUAGUUUUAUGAAUCUUUGUAAGCAUCUACCAACUUCUUUUAUUUCACUAACAGAUGCGACAAACACGUUUCGAGCCCGCGAUCUCCUUCACUCUAUUUCAACACUUGUCGGCAAACAGCAUGAGGGGAUAAAACAAGAGUUAUAUGGUUCAAAACACAAUGAAAGUGAGAGAUUGACCAUAAAAGAAUGUCUUGAUAUACUAAAGUUGCUUCCUAAGAAGUUUCGUAUUAGAGGAUCAUUGAGAGAUUUCUGCUUGUCUAACGCAUGCUUGGUGUUUUGUAUCGUGUCAAGUAGUGCCAAGUUGCACGAAAAGGGAAUGACUCCAAUCGAGUUAUUGGUUAUUGAUGAAGCGGCGCAGCUCAAAGAAUGUGAAGCAACCAUUCCCUUGCAGCUUUAUGGCAUACGCCAUUCAAUUCUCAUAGGAGAUGAAAGGCAGCUUCCAGCAAUGGUUCAAAGCAAGAUUUCUGAAAAGGCUGAAUUUGGGAGAAGUCUGUUCGAAAGAUUGGUGCAGUUGGGGCACAAGAAGCACCUUCUUAAUGUGCAACACAGAAUGCAUCCAUCUAUCAGUUUGUUCCCUAAUACGGAGUUCUAUAGAAGUCAAAUUUUGGAUGCUUUGAACGUGAAACAGAUAGGCUACGGCACAAGUUUCAUUCCUCAGAUGAUGUAUGGUUCAUAUUCUUUCAUAAAUGUGCCGUUCGGGAAGGAGGAAUUAGAUGGCAAUCAUAGUCAAAGAAACAUGACUGAGGCUUCCGUUGUGUCGGAAAUAGUCAAGAUUCUUCAUGAAGAAUAUGUUAGGACAAAUAAAAAGGUGAGUGUGGGUAUUAUAUCACCAUACAAGGCCCAAGUUUAUGCCAUUGAAGAAAAAGUAAAGAGACAUUCUAGUAGAGUUUCAGAUAGUGGUGGCUUUGAAGUGAGGGUUGGUUCAGUUGAUGGGUUCCAAGGGGGUGAGGCAGAUGUGAUAAUCAUAUCAACAGUUAGAUGCAAUAACAAGGGCUCUAUUGGUUUUCUUUCCGACCAGCGGAGGGUGAAUGUGGCAUUGACACGUGCUAGGCAUUGCCUUUGGAUAUUGGGGAACGCAACAACGUUACUGAACAGCGAAUCUGUUUUGAAGAAAUUGGUCAUAGAUGCCAAAAACCGGGGCUGUUUUUAUAACGCUCUAGAAGACAAAUGCUUGGCAAAGACUCUUUUAUAUUCCCUGAUUGAGUUGAAUGCAGUAAAUGAUUUGGACAACGUGCUUUCUUCAUUGUUCAACGAUGCAAGAUGGAAGGUUCGUUUCAGUGAUGAAUUUUGGGACUCCUUGAGAAGAAUUGGAAAAAGGGAGACAUUCGAACAAGUGUUCUAUAUAUUACAAAAGCUCUCGAAUGGUGGGCGUGAGAAUCACAAGUUAAUGAGUCACUUAGUCUUGUGUGGACUGUGGACAUUCUUCAGGAGAACUUACACUGCAUUCAGGUUAUGAUAGUCUGGGAUAUCUUGCCGCAUUCUCAUAUCUACAAUAUAGCAAAACGUCUUGACAUAGUGUAUAGUAAUUAUACAACUCUUACGAUAGACCAGUGCAAAUACCAAUGUGUUCAGGGGUAAGAAUCCAUUUCAUUUUGGUGUAACUUGUUCUAGUAGUCAAUUAUAUGUCGCGUAAGGAAAAGUUAAUUCAAUAGCCUGGUCACCACAAGGGUUCUGAGCUUUGUGGCAACAAUCUAACAAACCAAAUACCGUUUUUCAUAUGGAUUCUACCUACUUAGCCUAACCUCGUUGGUUCAAUUCUAUGCCAGAUAGAGUCUAAUUCUUGUCUUUCAAAUUGUUUAUAGGAAUGUUGUCAUUCCAAUGUGGUGGCCAGACGAGGACUCUAGCAAGUAUUCCAUAGUUAAUGUUGGGCUGUUGUCCGAAUCAUUUGCUUGUCUACUGUUGUGGAAGCAACGACUGCAUCGGUGGUUCCAGAAACUGUGGUGAGACAGCAAUUACGGUUAAUUUUUGAAGAAUCAGGCAACACGGACAGAAGAAAGGGACAACAGGGUCAACAAGACGGACUUAUUGCAUAUAACAUAGCUAAACAUUAAGCUGUAAAAUAUUCUAUAUGCUAUUUUGUGUAUUUUUGUGAUGGUCAUAACUCAGAAUUACAAAGAAAUCAUUGGACUUUUUUUUUUGAAUCUGCAAUAUGGGUAUAUAAGUUUUUUAUGUCA